GAGGAAUAACAGCAGAGAACUACUUAUACAUCUGUCAUAGCUACUGCUGGGCAUACUGCUGUACAUGGUCUAGAUAAGGCCUUCCAGAGGAAGACCAUUGAGGGGUAGGAUGAAUCGAUCUUGUGUGAACUGCUUGAAAGGUCUGAUCAUAUUCCUUAACUUCAUAUGUUGGCUGUGCGGCGCAUUUGUGGUGGCUUUCGGUGAGUUCCAGAUGAUGCACUCCAAGUUUGGUUCCCUCAUCACCUCCUUCUGGCCCAUCUACCCUGCCAACACCCUGGUUGUGACUGGCACAAUAGUUACCUGUGUGUGUUACCUGGGAGUGUUAGGAGGCCUGAAGGAGAACCGUUGCAUGCUCAUCACUUUUUUCAUCCUUCUCUUCAUUCUGAUGUUGGUGGAAUUGGCCAUGGCAUGUGUCUUCUUGGUCUACAGUCGAGAGAUUGACUCAUUCUUUGAGGCAGAUCUGAUGCGAAGCUUGGAAAUCUACAAACAGUCUGAUCCAGAUGGCAACCUGACCCUGAAGAAUGACUUUGAUGCUGUGCAGUAUCUGUUUAGGUGCUGUGGAGUCCACGGUGAGGCAGACUGGGAAGGGAACAUCCCCAUCUCCUGCUGUACUGAAGACCCAUGUAACACUGUGCCCCACCUCAACUGGAAGGAGGGAUGUCACAUCAAGCUGAGGAACUGGUUUGCAGGAAACUUUCUCAGCACUGGUGCAGGUGUUGUUACCAUGUUCAUUAUACAGUUCGCUUGCAUGUGUGUCAUCAUCCCUCUGUUUUGCCACUUCAGCCGACAGAGACUGGGUUACCUGUAAAAAAGACCCUUUGGCAUCUGCAAUGGAUUCUUUCACAACAACACAUUUUCCAUGUGACUAUAGGUUAUUUUUCACAAGUGUUUAUCACUAGGUUUUUAAUGAAAUGGUCAAACAAAACCUUUUUUCAAAAAGAUAAUUUGUCCCUUUCCUAUCAAAUGUGUAAAAUAUGUCAAAUAAAAAUGUCUGAUUACCAGUUGGUAAUUACUAGUGUGGACAAUAGCCACCAAAAUAAAUACAAGGCAGUUAUACUUUCAAGAAAAUAUUAAAGGAAUAGUUUGCACUGACUCACACUUAUUGGAUGUGGAUAGGUACAGUUUAUCAAUAUUUCUAUUAUAGCCAUUGUGUUAUAUACUAAGCUUCUGGUACGGGUCAUGUAUAUUUAUUGUUUUGAGUGCUGGCAUAUGUGAUGUGUGUUAUUUGUUAUUUUUCUGCCUGAAGCACACAUUUCCACACACAAAUAAAAUCCUCAGAAAUUUUUGCCUCUUUCUGUUUUGUCAAUAUUUCCCCAUUGAAUGUUUUUUUUUUUUUUUUUUUUAAAUCUGUGCCAUAUAAAAUGUGUAUCCCAACUGUCACUAUCAACGUUGAAAUAAAGUGUUCCAGAUUCUUG